CGGGCACGCCGUGGCUGUUUCUUACUGUUGAUGCCAUUGGUUAAAGAAAUAAAGCCAAUCGCAUCUUGACAAACUAAACGAUAUCUUGAUUGGGUAAGUUAACUCACGGUGUACCAUAACGGCCAAUCCACUAGUGUGUACGUGUGUCGUCACCAGAUUGGUAUGAAAAACGAAAUGGGGAAGUUGCUGCUAUGUUGGGCGAUCGGACUCCGCGAAUCGUGAUCCUACAAAGUUACGAUGGCUUCUAAACACAUCAAAUAUCAACUACAGGCGUUUGAGAGGCUUCGGGAACUUCAAACUCAGGGUAUUCUUUGUGAUCUUGUACUAAUGUCACACGAUCAAGCGGAGUUCAAAGUUCACGCUUCAGUGAUGGUGGCGGCUUGUGAGUCGUUCUAUGGAUUGUUGUGCGAGAGAGGAAGUCUGAAGAAAAUCAGACUGAACAACGUUUGCGGUCAUUCUCUUGGCUUGUUGAUAAGGUUUAUUUAUGGGGAAAGUUUCCACAAUCCGGCUGAUAUUCAGAUUCUAGCUGAAACUCUUAGAAAACUUGGUAUGAAACAUUUGAACCAGUUUGUGGAAACAUGUGGUCAAGACUUUGGUAUCUUGGAUAAUAAAAAAUGUGUAAGUGGAAACAAAUCCAGCCAGUCUGGUAUAUCACAUUCAAGGGAUGUAAACUGUCAAUCCCCAAAGAGGAAAUUCCAGGGAGAUAACUCAUGUGGGAAUGAAUUAAUGUACGUUAAAUCAGAACCACUUUCUCCGACAGAAAAUAUUUCCAGCGAAGGGACAGGAUUAGGAAAUCUUGAAAAAGUGCAGGUAAAGUCAGAACCAAUUGAUACCAGUUACGAGGCAACCAGUUCCGUAUGUGAAAGGGUUAUGCAUAGGAAGGAGGAUUCAACUGAAACAAAUGGUUCCCUUUUCCUGACAGAUACAUACACAGAUUUGAGGCCAAUGAGAUUAUAUGUCAAUGAAAAACAUGUUGAAAACAAUCACAAAAACAUUUUUGAAAACAGAUCUGGGAGUUCACAGGCAGAGGAAUCUGGCGUAUUGCAGGAUUUAGUUAGUGACUGGAGGCGUUUACCAACUGAACAUGUUGAACAUAAUCAAGGUUUCAAUGGUGUCAAGUCUGAAAUCAGCAGCAUGGAGUGUCAUAAGACUGUUAAACCUCUUGAUAAAACAAUUUCUGACUGUCAGGACCAUCAGAAGGCAGAGGACAGUUUAUUGCGUAAGAAUAUAACGGAACCUGAUGAUAGCAAGCGAGUACCAGUUUUCCUGAGGCAGAUUGAUGAUCAAGGAAACUAUGCAAUCUUUCCUGUGUCUCCAGCAGACGGCGCUGGGCCAUUGGUUUUGGAUACCUCAAGUAAAAUAUCCAGAGGAGACAAAGAUACUCAAACAGCAGAGAAUACUGACAUGCGUAAGAAAAGUAAUAUGUUAAAUAAUGACAUUCCAAAACAAAUCCCUACUCUGGUCAAAUAUCCUAUAAAUACAGUUCCAGGACCAUGUCCUUCAACUCGGCCUGUUAUGGUUAAUCAGCCACAGAUAGCAUCAGGACAUCAGAUUAUUCUUUCUCCAAAUGGACAUGUUAUUGCUGCUGCCAACAUGAAUGUAUCUUCGCUCUCUCUGGCAGGCACUUCCUGUUCUCCAGCAGCUCAUAACAAGUGUGAUUCAUCACUGGAGAAAUCAAAGCGCAAAGGUAGGCAGAAAGUUAUUUGGCCAAGCAAACGGGGUAGGAUUCGAGAAAUUAUUCCCAAAACACAGCUUCAGAUUCAGAAUGUUGUUAGCUUGAGUACAAACGUUUCUGAGCCAUCACAAGAUUGCGCAAGUAAGAGAAUGAAGGAAUAUUUCCGCAAGUGCCAAGCUCUUGAUCAUGAUGAUUCAGUAGAAAACACAGAAGGGUGCCAAGAACCCUAUUACCAACAGACUAAGGAGCAUGGUGACGAGCGAACAGAGAAUUGUAAUGAGAAGACAGAUAAAUCAGUCUUUCGUCAAGUGGAUUCUGCAAAGAGGAAAUCUGGAGACUCAGGAGAUUUUCACAGAGAUUCAAUGGCAAAGAAACUGAAAGAAUUGAACAUGUCAGAUGAAGAUGAUGAAGAAUAUCUUGUCAUUGAUCUUAAGGAUAUCAAGAAUCAUUUGCCUCAUGGUAAGGGGACCUCACUGAAUGUUUCUGGGGAUGAUAUAUUUACAACAACUGGAAUGAAAAGUAACAAGACUGAUAUUCCAUCAAGUGAUAAACCUUUCAGUGGUGUGAUUAGUGUAUCUGGCUGUACCUUAGAAGAGCUCUCACUACGAGAUAUUCCACAUGGUAUAGUGUUCCCUUCCAAAACAAAAACAAAGAUUUACACUGGCAGGAAGCUGAAUUUUUUUCACAGUGAAGAAGAAGCACCACCACAAAGAAAACGAACAUUAGCCACUAAAAUAACUUCUCAAAAUCAGGCAAAGGCAAUUAUGUCUUUGAAAUCAAAAUGUCCCAACACUCAGUCACAAGUGGCUCCAUGUGCUAUACAGCCUGUCAUGAAAUCUGUGGACUGUUCCAAAGUUCCUAGCACUACCAACUCAGGAAAGGCAAUUCCUAUUGUGGUGGCAUUAGCAAAUGGGAAGACAGCAACUGUGAUGGUGCCAGGGUACUCUCCUGACAACAAGUUGGAAGUGCCUUUGACGGCUCCGGUAGCAGCCCCACCUGACGCCAGACCGUCUGAUCCUACACAGACCAGUUCUUUUUCUAAUUCCCUUGUACAAAACCCAAAAGUAUCCAUGGCAAGCAUGCCCAAUCCUUCCAACAAUGUCUUCACCUCAAGUGCACUUACUUCAUCUCAGGUGAUCCCUGGAAUGCAGCAGAUCCGUCUGCUGCAGCCACCUGCUCAGAGUGGAUUUAUUUCGCAAGUGAUGUCAGGGGGUCAGACUCUGUCCAAUUCAGUGCCUAUAAGUGUGUCCGGCAGCAACCAAGCUGGUGGUAUGCAGAACGUUCUCCAGCAUGUGCAGGGUCAGACUCUGUCCAAUUCAGUGCCAAUAAGUGUGUCUGGCAGCAACCAAGCUGGUGGUAUGCAGAACGUUCUCCAGCAUGUGCAGGGUCAGACUCUGUCCAAUUCAGUGCCUAUAAGUGUGUCUGGCAGCAACCAAGCUGGUGGUAUGCAGAACGUUCUCCAGCAUAUGCAGGGUCAGACUCUGUCCAAUUCAGUGCCUAUAAGUGUGUCUGGCAGCAACCAAGCUGGUGGUAUGCAGAACGUUCUCCAGCAUAUGCAGGGUCAGACUCUGUCCAAUUCAGUGCCUAUAAGUGUGUCUGGCAGCAACCAAGCUGGUGGUAUGCAGAACGUUCUCCAGCAUAUGCAGGGUCAGACUCUGUCCAAUUCAGUGCCUAUAAGUGUGUCUGGCAGCAACCAAGCUGGUGGUAUGCAGAACGUUCUCCAGCAUGUGCAGGGUCAGACUCUGUCCAACUCAGUGCCUAUAAGUGUGUCUGGCAGCAACCAAGCUGGUGGUAUGCAGAACGUUCUCCAGCAUGUGCAAGGUCAGACUCUGUCCAACUCAGUGCCUAUAAGUGUGUCCGGCAGCAACCAAGCUGGUGGUAUGAAGACCAUUCUCCAGCAUGUACAGGGUCAGACUCUGUCCAAUUCAUUGCCUAUAAGUGUGUCUGGCAGCAACCAAGCUGGUGGUAUGCAGAACGUUCUCCAGCAUGUCCAGCGACCAGUUUUACCAGGAUCGACUGUUGUGCAAGGGGGGAUUCAACAACAACAGCUUCUUGUUCCAAACUUGGCAAUACAAAAUUCGACUCUGUCUGUUCCAGCUCAGUAUCUGGGGCAACAACCACAGAUGCGUCUCCCAACCAUUCCCUCCCCCUUUGCAAUGAACAACCCUGCUAUAAUCUGUCAGCCUCAGCAGGUGCAGCAACUACCUGGGAUUAUACUCAGAGAUGGUGUUGUAUCCCAGAAUGCUGUUCCUGUCAUUGGAGCCAGUGGUUCAAGCUCCAUACAGUGUACUACUCAAACUUCUGGCCAUACUAUUGUUGCCAACUGUGGGAGCUCCAUGCAAAAUAACACUCUGUUUUCUCAGUCAGUAUCUCUUUCAGGUACCCAAAUCAGUAACAGUGAUGCUAAAGUGAAAUGUGUUCAAGUGUAUCCAAACAUAAGCAUUGGGAAGGGCAAGCAUGUGCCCAAGCAGUUAUGUCCAGCCAGUAAAUGGAAACCGUCAGUUGGGAAACCAGUGACUCUCAAAGAAAUAAGGCCAAAAUAAAAGCUGAAAUCAGCACUAGCCCAAGCA